UUCGCUUAGAAACUCACAGCAUGAUGAACAGAGGAGAAACAGAAGAUUUACAACGAACCCCUUUAAAUAUUUAACAAGCAUAGAUAAAGCCUGAUCACGCCCUGUAGUUGAUUUUGUUGUUUAAACAAAAAAAAUGUUUUUAAAAACUCUUGACAGUCUGACUAUAGAGUGCCGACUGUGCAGUACGGAUUCAUUUGUAGAAGCGGCAAGUUUGCAACACAUACAGAACAGGAAUAGUAAUUAGUAAAUACCGCCAUCUCAUUUUCGUCUGCAUAUCCUGAACGUGAAAAAAUUUGAAAGUGGAUUAAAGUAAAAACCUUGUCAAAGGUAUUUUCCCAAACUAAGUUUGUAGUUCUAGAUAACCUUCUACAGCUAUUAAUCUACGUGUCCAUUCAAGGGUAUUAAGAAGUUAUUGUAUCACUUUUCAUGCCUAUCUGUGGGUAAAAUACCUUCUGUGCGUCACAUAUUGUUGCGUUCUUUGCCCCCCUUCCAAGUUCCAAAGGUCAUUGAAUAAAACUGCCAUAUAAUCCAGAUGUAGAUACAGUGGCAGUGAACUUACAGUUUUAGUUGUAAGUGAACACCCAAGUAGAAACAAGCUAUAACAUUAUUAUUUGAUGCUUAGAAAUGAGUAUCUUAAAAUUCAAAACCAUCCUGCCCAAAUUGCCUUCUGGAUUUUUAAAGAAUACUUUACUGCCUACUAAAAGAGUCCCCUUGAAAAUAUUGUGCAAAUAUUCUUCUGGAAGUAACCUUCAGAUUCAAGAAAACGAACAUUAUGACCGGCCAAAAUUGCUGAAUGUACAUUUACCCAACACUAGCGCACCAUUGAAGCUGCACCCCAUCUGGCUUCGAGACCACUGUAGGUGUCCAGAAUGCUAUAACGACGUUACCUGUCAAAGAAACAACGAUAUCCUGAAAUUGAGUGAUCAAAUUGCGAUAUCAACUUAUUCACAGAGCGACGGUUUAUUGCACAUUUGCUGGUCUGACGGGCAUAAGUCAUCUUAUUCAAUCCCGUGGCUUGUUAGCAAUACUUACGACGGGAAGUACAAAGCACUACAAGAAGAGACGGACCGAUUGACUACAUGGGAUGGAACUACCGUGAAUUUAUUGGGUUUAGAGCCCAUUUCGCAUCAACGCCUGAUGAGUGAUGAUAAAAUAUUACGUGAAAUAUAUCGCCGGGUCUUUCAGUACGGCUUCGUCAAAAUAGAGCAAGUACCACCAACGAAACUUGACACCAGCGCGGUUAUCGAGCGUAUCUGCCGUAUGUCCCACACGGUCUUUGGAAAGUUUUGGGAAACCGGUACCAAUUUCGACCAUAAGGAUACGGGUUACCUGAACGGCUAUUUAGAAGCCCAUACAGACAACACUUAUUUUACUGAAGCGCAAGGGCUUUUGGUUUUUCAUUGUACUCAUUUCAAUGGGACGGGUUGCGAAUCUUUCUUGGUAGACGGAUUUCACGUGGCUAAGCAGUUAAAACAGCUUGAUCCUUCUGCCUACGAUUAUUUGUCCAAAGUAAAUAUGGAAGCCGAGUAUAUUGAACCAGGUGAGCAUUUCUCUUCUUGGGGUCCCAUCUUCCGUCAUCAUCCAGUGAGCCAUAAGUUGGAACAGAUUCGGUUCAACAUGCUAGAUCGGUCGCCUCUUUCUGGUAUCCCACAAGAGGAAGUCGGUACCCAUUAUCGUUAUCUAAAAACCAUGGCGACGCUCGUAAAGAAAAAAGAAAACGAAUAUCGGUUUCGUCUCUCACCAGGAACCGUGAUGAUAAUUGAUAACUGGAGGCUCUUGCAUGGGCGUGAAAGUUAUCAGGGUGAAAGAGUAUUGAGAGGUUGUUAUUAUUCCCGAUCGGACUUUAUGAGCAAAGCGCGACAUUAUGGAAUAAUAUCUUGAUUAAACUGCGCCACGAUUAAUUCGUCAAUGCACAAUAAAACAAUACCAUUUUCAAGACAAA